UCCCGUCUUCUGCUCCUCCCUGUUAGAGACCAGAACUCUUUAACAGUCCUCCACUCUUUCUUUCGGACUUCUCCUCAUGUGGUAAUUGUCUGAAUCAGAGACUUGGAGUUUUUUUUCUUCUUUCUCUCGGUUUUAUAUCAGUAAAGUUUGGGCAUGACAAGGCUCAGGUAGUAGAAGAAACGGCUAAAAGAGUCUAGAAACAUCUCAAAGUCAGCCAUGCGCCUCAGCGUCUUUCUGGGCUCUCUGCUGAUCUUCAGCGCGUUACUCGAUAAGAAUCCCAUGGCAGCAUGUGAUAAAAGAAGAUGUCUAUACAAUGAAACGGAAACUUUAUCGACAACAACAACAACAGUCAUUUUUCGAUCAUUAAACUGCAAUUUGUCCAUUGACAAUUAUUUAAAUGGAACAGGCAAUCUUACUGGUUUGAAUCCUGGAACUGUGUAUGACAUCGCAAUACUAUGUCUGUACUGCUGUCAAGAGGUCACUAUGAAGCCAGACACUGUCAGAAACCUCCAGGUCAUUAAUGUCACCACAUCCUCUGUCUCUGUGAACUGGACUGAACCAGUUGGAAACAGCUCUUUCUAUAGAGUUGACUGGACAGAUGGUUAUUUCAGUGACAGUUCAAACGUGUCUGUCACAUAUAUUACUAUAGAGAACAUGACUGCUGGUGUGCAGUAUAACAUCAGUGUGACUGCAGUGGCAGGUGAUGGUCACACUGGUGGUCAGAGCACCGUGGUUGUACAAUACACAAAACCAGGAAUAAUUGGUCCACUUAGUAUGACAUCAUACACUUCCUCCAUUUCUCUGAGCUGGAUGCCUCCUACUGGUCAGGUGGCUAUGUACAGGUUGGAGUGGGACAAUGGUAGAGAACCAAUGAACAGAACCAUAAAUGACACCUCUGCUCUGCUGUCAGACCUGAUCUCUGGAACAAACUACACAAUCACAAUCAGAGCUAUUGCUGCAGAUAACACAACACAAGGAGACCCCGUCACUGUCUCCACAUUCACAAUACCUGGGUCAGUACAAGUCAGCAGUGUCAGCAGCCAGGGCUCCAACAGUUCACUCCUGGUGUCAUGGAACAUACCCGAUGGAAAUGUGGAUAUGUUUUGUGUUACUCUAAACAACACUUUUCGCCAAGUGUUACUGAACUCAAGCAACACCUUCCACAUGUUUGAAGAUCUGAGUGCAGGAACUCCUUACACUGCAAGAGUAUUAACAUUAGCAGGGCCUUUAAAUGCAUCAUCUGAAUUAAUCACCAAUGCAACCUUUCCAAACCCUCCUGGGCCUAUAGAAGUUUUAACAACGACCACCAGCUCCAUUGAAAUUAUGUGGCAAGAGCCUUUUCUAAUGGACAAUGCAUUUUUACUCUACAAAUUAACCACAAUAUCAUCAAAAGAAGAUGAACACAUUGUGACAACCAACACCAGUCACACGUUCAAAUCCCUGAUUUUUGGAUCUUCAUACAACUUCUCUGUUGCUACUGUGGGUGAGAUGAGUUUUGAGAGUGAGGCAGUUUACAUCAACAUGGUUACAACAAAAAAACUAGGUGUGGAGUCUGUCCUGGCCCAAACGACACAAGAAGACAACAUCACACUUUUAUGGAUAAAACCUGCAGAUUAUGAGGGACCAUUUCAUUACAGGAUAACCUGGGGAAGAAAAUAUGACCACAAGAAUGUCACAACAAACAAAACUGAGUAUACUAUUCCUGACCUGGAUUCUGGCACACAAUAUAACUUCACUGUCACUCCAGAGACUGAUGGAGGAAUACGUGGUCUGACUACAUGGAAUUCCAGCUGCACAAAUGCAAGCCCUGUGAAAAACCUGACAUGUGUGGGUCCAAACACAACAAAGGCUGAAAUUGUCCUGUCCUGGGCAAAACCCAACGGUCAGCACACUGGCCUGCGUAUCACUGUUGACAACAACAGUUCCAUAGAUGUUCUAAACUCAACAUCAAAUCAAACCUUGCCCAGCCUACGUCACAAUACUAAAUAUGUACUGAAAGUAGUGACUCUGAGCUGUGGAAAGCCCAGCAUCCCUUUGUAUAAAAAAUGCAGGACAGGCAUCACAGAGCCACCCAUUCCCCCUGCAAUUACGACAAUGCAGGAGGUGAGUGAAAAGGCACACGACAAAUUCACCAUUCAGAUCCAAAGGGCGUUGCUGAAUGACAGCAAUGGCAGAGUCACACAUGUUGGUGUGCUCAUGAUAGACAAGUCUCCUGAUUAUACAUCUGACUUAAAGAAAUACUUGGGGCAAACGUAUAAUCAGUGGCGCACAGGAAAGACACCAGUUUACCUGACAACAGUCAUUAAGAUAAACCCCCAGCUGCGCAGUGAUGCAAACUAUCUGAGCAUAGUAGUGGGAAGUGGCUCCACAUGGGAGGGUUACACUAAUGGAGCCUUGAUUGCCAACAAAGAAUACCAAUAUGCCUUGGGGUUAUUCACUUCUCUGAUUCUUGAUGAUGGCCUGGUGAAUAUACAAGAAUCCAUAGUCUCAGUAACAACUGUUUUUACUAUUAACCUCCCACAAAGCCCAGCUGUCAUUGGCAUGGCUGUAGGAGCAACACUGGGAAUAUUUGCUUUUUUGUUCCUAAUCCUCAUCAGCUUCAUUAUCUACUGGAAAAGAUUGUCCCACAAAAAAACAACAGACAUCCAGCUUGAAUCCACAAGGUUCAAAGCAAGCGUGGCUGUAAGCAUUGAGGACUAUAAGGCGUACUUCAGGAAGCAGAAAGCAGACUCCAACUGUGGCUUUGCUGAAGAAUUUGAGGACCUGAAGGCUGUUGGUGUAGGCCAGUCAAAGGCAAGCGCUCUGAUGUUGGAGAACAAGCCUAAGAACCGCUACAACAAUGUGCUUCCAUAUGACUGCUCUAGGGUAAAACUCUCUAUUAUCCGUGGACGUCAAUUUGAUGACUACAUUAAUGCCAACUACAUGCCGGGUUACAACUCCAGGAAAGAGUUUAUUGCAGCCCAAGGUCCUCUCCCAGCAACAGUUUGUGAUUUUUGGAGGAUGAUUUGGGAGAAAAAUGUACUGACACUUGUCAUGCUGACACGCUGUAAUGAACAGGGACGAGUAAAAUGUGAGCAGUACUGGGGUCCUGGCCAGAUGGACUAUGACAACAUUACUGUGACGUUAAUCUCUGAAAUACCACUUGAAGACUGGACCUUAAGAGACUUUGAAAUAAAAAACCUGAAGACUGCUGAGACACGAGUGGUGCGCCAGUUUCACUUCACUGCCUGGCCAGACCAUGGAGUACCAGAGACCACUGAGGUUCUUAUCGAUUUUAGGCACCUUGUCAGAGAACAUAUGGACCAGUAUUCUCAGCACUCGCCCACCGUGAUCCACUGCAGUGCUGGUGUUGGGCGCACAGGUACCUUGAUGGCCCUUGACACACUCAUCUUCCAAAUUGAAAGGAAAAAUAGUGUUGACAUAUUUGGCAUCGUCCAUGAGUUGCGGAUGCACCGUCCCCUAAUGGUGCAGACUGAGGAUCAGUACGUGUUCCUACACCAGUGUGCCAUGGACAUAAUCAAGGCAAGAACAGGCACCAACGUGGAUCUGAUUUACCAAAACACACAUGCCAUUUAUGAGAAUGUAGGACCUGGAAGAGGUUAUUACAAGAAUGGUUACUUCUCUGACUAGGCACAGAAACUGCACAGGUCUUCCACUGCCUCUGAACUGUACUGAACUGAGCAGACAACUAUAAGAAAGGGGAAUACUUUUUUAAAAUUCCUGCACUAUUUAUUUAUAUAUAUAUCUUUAUCUGUUAUUUACUUUGUACAUUUGUAGAGUACUUUCUUGUGUAUAUUUGUGAUGAUCCCACAGAAGAUACAAAAUAUGGAUGUUGUCAUUGAUCAAAACAAA